CGGCCGGCCGAGGCCCCAAGAGGCCCCGGCCUGGCGACGGCGGCGGCGGCGGCCAUGGCUGGGGGCCCGGGUCCGGGGGACCCCGCGGCCCCCGGCGCCCAACACUUCUUGUACGAGGUGCCAUCCUGGGUCAUGUGCCGCUUCUACAAAGUGAUGGACGCCCUGGAGCCCAGCGACUGGUGCCAGUUUGCCGCCCUGAUUGUGCGUGACCAGACCGAACUCCGGCUGUGCGAACGCUCCGAGCAGCGCACUGCCAGCGUCCUGUGGCCCUGGAUCAACCGAAACGCCCGCGUGGCCGACCUCGUGCACAUCCUCACGCACUUGCAGCUGCUCCGUGCGAGGGACAUCAUCACGGCCUGGCACCCUCCCGCCCCCCUCCCACCCUCCAGCGCCAAGGCCCCAAGGACCUGCUCCAUCCCUGCACCCUCUGAGGCCAAGGCCCCCAGCCCCCUGAAGUUACCGUCCUCAGUUUCAACUGCACUCUCCCCAGCUUUUCCAGGCUUCCAGACCCAUUCUGGGCCUGAGUGUGGCCCUGUCCCAAGCCCUGCUGCCCUCCAGCCACCGCCACAGUCUCUAGACUCUUCUUCUACCAAGCAGAGGCCAGAGAACCCCGUGUCCUUCCUGCAAGGGAACCACCCCUCUCCAUUCUGCUGGCCCCUCCAUGAGAUUUCCCAGGGCACCCAGAACUUCUCAGAGGAGCUGAAGAUCGGGGAGGGCGGCUUCGGAUGUGUGUACCGGGCUGUACUGAGGAACACGGUGUACGCUGUGAAGAAGCUGAAGGAGGAGGCCGACCUGGAGUGGACCACUGUGAAGCAGAGCUUCCUGACCGAAGUGGAGCAGCUGUCACGGUUUCGUCACCCAAACAUCGUGGACUUUGCUGGCUAUUGUGCUCAGAGUGGCUACUACUGCCUUGUCUACGGCUUCCUGCCCAACGGCUCCCUGGAAGACCGCCUCCACUUCCAGACCCAGGCCUGCUCCCCUCUCUCCUGGCCUCAGCGCCUGAACAUCCUUCUGGGCACAGCACGGGCUAUUCAGUUUUUACAUCAAGACAGCCCCAGCCUCAUCCAUGGAGAUGUCAAGAGUUCCAACGUCCUUCUGGAUGAUAGACUGAUGCCCAAACUGGGAGACUUUGGCCUGGCCCGUCUCAGCCGUUUUGCAGCAGCCAACCCUGGUCAGAGCAGCACCGUGGCCCGGACGCAGACGGUGCGCGGCACCCUGGCCUACCUGCCCGAGGAAUACAUCAAGACAGGGAGGCUGGCCGUGGACACCGAUACCUUCAGCUUCGGCGUGGUAGUUCUGGAAACCCUGGCUGGCCAGAGGGCUGUGAAGAUGCAUGGUGCCAAGACCAAGUACUUGAAAGACCUGGUUAAAGAGGAAGCUGAGGAUGCCGGGGUGGCCCUGAAAAGCACCCAGACCACACUCCAAGCGGGUCUAGCCUCAGAUGCCUGGGCUGCCCCAAUCGCCUCCCAGAUCUACAAGAAGCACCUGGACCCCAGGCCUGGGCCCUGCCCACCCGAGCUAGGCCUGGCCCUGGGCCAGCUGGCCUGCUGCUGCCUGCACCGCCGGGCUAAGAGGAGACCCCCCAUGACCCAGGUAUACGAGAGGUUGGAGAAGCUUCAGGCCACAGUGGCAGGGCCGCCCCUGGAGGCAGAGGCUGCCGGCCGCAACCCCCAUUCCCCACAGGAAAACUCCUACAUGUCCACCACCAGCAAUGCCAGUCCCUGGCAGCCCCUGGCAGUGCCCUCAGGAACCCCGGCCCCGGCGACAGAGCGGCUCCAGAAAGGCCCCAACCAGCCCGUGGAGAGUGACGAGAGUGUGUCUGGCGUGUCUGCCACCCUGCAUUCCUGGCACCUGACCGCAGGCUGCCCCCCGGGCCCAGCCCUGCCAGACAGCCCUGCACAGGGGGCCGCCACGUGGACCCCUGCACCCCUCGGGCAGGCCAGCUGUACUCAAGCGAGUGCCGCCCGAGAGUCAUGGGGGAGCAGCCCAGAGCCCUGGCCCACGGCUGUGGAAGGAUCACUCCUGGGCAGUUCUGCAUCAUCGCAGCCACCGCAGAUUGUCAUCAACCCAGCCCGACAGAAGAUGGUGCAGAAGCUGGCCUUGUAUGAGGACGGGGUCCUAGACAGCCUGCAGCUGCUGUCGUCCAGCUCCCUCCCAGGCUUGGGCCUGGACCACCGAAACAGGCGGGGCCCGGAAGAGAGUGAUGACUUUCAGAGCUGAUCUCUUCACCCAGACAGAUCCCCCAAACCCGGAAGUCAAAGUUCUCAUGGUUGGAAGUUCUCAUAGCACACACAAACCCUCAGAAGCCUGUGGGCAGUAGGGAUGGGGCCCCAGCCUCGCAGGGCAGAGCAGGUGUGGCCCCUGUGCUGUAGGGGUGUGGGCACAGGCCAGACUCAGAGCCACCCGGGCCGGCUGCCGGAAGCCGUCAUAGGGCAGGACAUCUCAAAGGCCUGCCUUCAGCACAGCACUUGGGGGAGAGGAAAGCCACUGUCAUGGGAGGGGUGUGUGGGGGAGGAAUGCAUGUCUGAAGGCUGCUGGCUGCCCAGGCCAGAGGAGAGUGGGUGGGACCACUGGUACAAUGGGAGGCAGCGGGGAGCUGGCUCCCCUGAGGGCUGGGCAAGGCCUAUGCAGCCCAGGCCAACAGCAACAGCCCGUAGCCCUUCCCUUCGUCCUUGGCUGAAGCCCUAUGAGAAAGCGGCCACUCUGGGCCCUCCCAGCUGCUUGUGACGUGGAAAAGUGAGGUGUGGUUACCCUAUGGUUCAGUCCACCAGCUAGAAGUGAGGGUUCUGAGAUACCCCAGAGAGUCCAGCAGCCCACAUCAGGCCAGUGUCUGUAGGCUUCUCCAAGGAGCUGGGAGCAAGCCUAACAUGACUGCCUGCCAGCCAGGCCACCCCUGGAUGCUACGGACAGGCUCCAAACCAAGUCAGCCUCCAGAGGCUGCAGGCUCGGCAUCAGGCCCAGGCUGAUGGUCACAAAGGGGCCACUUCUCAAGGUUCGCUUAGGCCCGAGUCCUGUGUUACCCAGACAGAAGCCCCAAAGCAAGAAGUUGGGAUCAAGACAGAGAAAGAGGAAAAAGAAAACGGGACUCGCAGUUUUAGAAGCAAGUGAAGUUUCAUGAAAAGGAGUGUCGUCAAAAGUAGCCCAGGGCUGUAGCACAGGCUUACAAUGAUUUUGUGUCCACAGUCAUGACACACUACAUGCCCCACAAAGCUAGGCAUCGGUGAAGUCCAAGUUGUACUACAGCAAUAAAAUCUUACGUUUCAAUC